CUUUCACUUCUGACAUGACGUCUCGAGACUGGUCUGUCAAGAAGAGUUAAAGAGCAGUUUAGGAACCGAAGCUGGUAGUCAUGAUGAAUCUCAGUUCAUUUGGAGAGCUGCGGAUCGUUCUUUUGGGUCAAAAAAAUGUUGGGAAAAGCUCAGCAGGAAACACUAUCCUGAGUAAAAGGGAAUUUGACUUAAGGGAGAAUGUGCAUUGUGCGGAAGCAUGCAGUGAAAUCGCUGGCACAAAGAUCACUGUGGUUGAUACUCCAGGCUGGUGGGGAAAUUUACCCUUUGAAGAAAACCCUGAACUGUACAAACAGGAAAUCAUAUUGAGUGUGACAAAAUGUCCUCCAGGACCUCAUGUGCUACUGCUGGUCUUAAAUGUAGAAACACCGUUUAAAGAAAACGAAAAAGACAUCCUAUGUGAAAAUAUUAAAUGCUUUGGUGAGGAAGUAUGGAGGUAUACAAUAGUGCUGUUCACCUGUGGAGAUCAACCAGGAAGUAUAACCACUCAACAGUUUAUUGAGAAUGAAAGUGAAGUACAGUGGCUGAUGAAGAAAUGUGGGAACAGAUAUCAUGAGCUCAAUACUAAAAACUGGGGUGAAGGAUCUCAAGUCACAGAACUGCUUAAGAAAAUACAGGAGAUGGUAGAAGGAAACAGAGGCAGACAUUAUGAAAUAAACAGAGAGACUUUGCAACAUGUGGAAGAAAUGAGAAGAGAACAAAACAAGAAAGCAAAUGAAAGAAGAAUGAAGAUUCAGCAGCUGAAAGACAAGACCAGGACAACUGGUCUCUCAGAGCUGAGGAUGGUGCUGCUGGGUUAUUAUGGAUCUGGGAAGAGUUCAGCAGGAAACACCAUCCUGGGAAAAUCUGUAUUUGAUUCCAAAAGAUCACUAACAUCUGUAGUACGAGAAGGAGAUGUUGCAGGAAGACACGUUACUGUGGUUGAAACUCCAGGCCGAAGAAGAAAUUACUCUUCAAAAUACACUCCGAGACUCUACAAAGAUGAGAUUGUGUUGAGUUCAUCUCACUGUCCUCCAGGACCACAUGCCUUUCUGCUUGUCAUAAGAGUGGAUGUUUCUUUCACUGAAGUGUACAGAAAGGCAGUAGAGGAACAUGUUGCUCUUCUUGGUCUCAAUGUCUGGGACCACAUGAUUGUCCUCUUUACCUUUGGUGACUGGUUGCGAGACACAAGCAUUGAGCUGUUCAUUGAGAGUGAAGGAGAAGCUCUUCAGUGGAUAAUAGACAAAUGCGGGAACAGGUAUCAUGUCUUCAACAACAAAAACACAGAUGAUGGCAAUCAAGUGACAGAGCUGUUUGAAAAGAUAGAAGAGAUGGUUGCAGGAAACAGAGCACGCUGUUUUAGGAUUGAUAAUCAGCAUUUAAAGGAUGUGCAAGACAGAAGGAUGAAAGUAGAGAAAAUAGUAAAACACAUGCAAGAUGAAGUUCAAAAAAUAAAUGAAUUUAGACAUUCAAAGUCAGGAGAUUCUAAACUUUCACAAAUGAGGCUGGUGUUGCUUGGAUCAGGUUGUUCCGUCAAGAGUUUAACAAGAAACACAAUUCUGGGUAGAAAGGCAUUCAACAGAAAAAGGUCUGAAGAGAAUCUCAAAGAAAACGGGGAGGUUUCAGGAAGGAAGCUCACUGUGGUUCAUACACCAGGAUUUGAGAAAGAUUACCUUACUGAAAAAAGACUUGAGGAUGCCAAACUCAACAUUUUGAGAAGUGUAACCGAAAGCUCCACUGGAACACAUGCUUUUAUUGUAGUCCAGAGUGUUGACUCUUCCUUUGCAGAGGAAGAGAAAAGUGCACUACUGAAAAUCAUGGAGCCUCUCGGCGAUAGAGUCUGGAAUCACAUAUUGGUUCUGUUCACUGUAGGAGAAGAACUAGGAGAAACACCAAUAGAGUUAUUCAUUGCAAGUGAAGGUGAUACUCUCCAGUGGCUCAUUGAGAAAUGUGGGAACAGGUAUCAUGUUCUCAACACUAAGAACUGGAGUGAUGGAUCUCAGGUCACAGAACUCCUGGAGAAGAUCGAGGAGAUGGUGGCAGCAAACAGAGGACAACAUUAUGAAAUCGACAGAGAGACUUUACAAUGUGUGGAAGAGAAGAGGAAAGCAGAGAAAAGAAGGAUGAACAUUCAGCAACUGGAAUAUGAAACAGAAAAUGUGAUGGUUGGAAGAACAGAUCCUCUUCCCAGGAGAAGAGCACGUAGUAUGGAUAUCCCUAUAACAAAUAUCUCUGAAGUCUGCAAUCCUUCCUCUGGAGGUUCAGCGUAUGUGUCCAUGAGCGUCUCAUCAAAAGAAACACCUGAAAAGUUCAAUUUCAGCAAGUCACUGUGUUCACAGAUUACCUCUGGAUGGGAGUCUCUUAACUCUAUUCCAGAUUCUGAUGAAGAACCUGAUUUAGAAUAA